AUGGGUGCCACGCUAAGUACCAAACUUAAAUUCAUUAGAGAUAUACAGUCUGAAUUGAAAAGCAGACACGUAGAGGUUACCAAAAAAGAUAUUUGCAAUUUUUUGAUGUUUAUUCAUUAUGUAUGUCCGUGGUUUGUGAUUACCUGUCCAGAAAUUGUUGCGUCCACUUGGGAUAAAAUAGGAAACGAAUUAAGUGAUUAUUUUACGGUUAACAAGGAACCCGAAACAGAGAAAAUAAUAUUGCAAUAUUGGAGCCUGCUGCGAGACAUCAUUGUAGCUAAAAAUACUGAGGAAACUGCCAAAGAAAUUGUCUGUGCUGCCAAAUCUCAUCUCGAACAAGCCUCCCGUGAGUGUUCCAGAGCUCCUUCCCGUUCCAAUUCUUUAUCUCACCUUCCAUCUUCCUCCUCUUCAGCUUCCACCACUACCGCCCCUGCGUCUGUGCCUGAUACUAUUAACCCUCUCCUCGCCUCUAAGCUACAAACUGCUCUCAAAGACCUUUCAGGUGCCUCUCGUCUGUACCCCUCCCUGGCCUCAGCUCCGCCUGAGCAACCCGAUCUGCCAGACGCUCAAGCCCCAGGGAAAAAAGCAGCUCUCUACCACGGCCCCUCUGUUCCUGCUCCUCCAACAUGCCUUUCGCCUUUACCUCCUCCCCCUACCGCCCUAGACACUCAUCUCACCACCAUUACAUCCAUGAUUUCCCAGCUUGCCCAUGAAGUCCAUAAAAUAAAUCCAACUUCACAAUCCUUUUUCCCUGUUCUCCUUCCUAAUGGAGAAAGUCUUCCUCUGCCUCCCUCUCAACAACCCCCACCGCCCAACACUUCCCGCCCUCCCCCACCGCCCGCUGGUCCCCGCACCCGGAGCCGGGUGCGGCGUGAACGCGAGGCUCAGGCCGCCGCCGAAACAGCGGCUGGUUCCGGCUCCCAGCACAACUCAGACUCGGAAGGAGAGGAAGCCCAACCCAGCGGCGCCAGACCUCCGGAGGGUGAGAUGAACUUCCGUUACGAGACAAUUAACAAAAGGGACCUUAAUGAACUGCUCCAGGCAGUUAAGAAUUACGGCACUCAGGCUUCUUACACUAUAUCCUGCCUUGAGUCACUGGGAAAUGGCGGUGCCCUUUUACCUUGUGAAUGGAAGCGUGUUGUCUCCAACGCGCUGCCGCAUAAGCUUUACUUGCUCUGGGAGACUGACUUUUAUAAGACCUGUCGAGACCUAGCUAGAGGAGAUAAAACAUGUCGCCUUAUGCUUUCCGGUUCUGCCCCGUAUGAUACUAUGCAGCAGCAACGCACGUUGCCCCUUGAUUACCUCACCAACACAGGUUUUGCCGCUAUGAAAGCCUGGCGAAAUUUACCUAAGGAAGGUGAUGCGUAUGCCCCGCUUGGUCAAAUUACACAGGGACCAGAUGAAACCUAUAAUGCGUUCAUCAGUCGCCUCCUAGAGGCCGUAGAGAGAAUUGCAGGCACCUCUCCCUCUGAAAUGACAAAUACCUUGGUUAAGCACCUUGCCUAUGAAAAUGCCAAUGCACCUUGCAAAGCCCUCUUAAAGGGACGCAUGGCUAACAAAACCAUUCAUGAUAUGAUUGAUCUUUGCCAUGAUGUUGAUCCCAUUGCCCAUCGAGUUGCCCAUGCUAUGGCCGUCGUUCAAAACCAAUCCUCGGGCAAAGUCUGUUAUUCGUGCGGACAAGCUGGACAUUUUGUCUCUCAAUGCCCUCAGCGCUUAGCCCCUGUCAUGCAGACAGGUACAGCAAACCCCUGCCCUCCAUUUUGUCCACGUUGCCGCCGUGGCCGCCAUUGGGUGGCGGACUGCCAUGCCGUUAAAGACGUAGAUGGCAAUCCCCUGCAGCCUAACCACCGCCUUUCGGCUCAGGGAAACUCCACCAGGGGCCGGCUCCGGGCCCCGCGCCGUCAAUUUCAACGCUUUGUUCUGGCUUCGGAGCCCACCCAGCCGGCCCAACCCAACCCAGCUCCCCAGGCAUAUUACCAGCAGCAACAGCAGCCUUGCCAGCAUCAGCCACUAGUACCCCCCUCAAUGCUCCCACCUCAGCAGCCUCCCUUGUCAGGGCAACCCCGGGGAGCGCAGGACUGGACCUGUACCCCGCCUCCCCACACUUAUUAA